AUGAGACGAUACAAAGUGUUAAAUGCAAGUGCUAUACCAGAGGGACAGUUCAUCGACAGCAAGAAGGCCUCGGAGAAGCUCCUAGGCUCUAUUGAUAUUGACCACACCCAGUACAAAUUUGGACAUACCAAGGUCUUCUUCAAAGCUGGCCUCCUGGGUCUCCUAGAAGAAAUGAGAGAUGAAAAGUUAGCCCAGAUUAUAACAAGAACACAAGCCGUCUGUAGGGGAUACCUAAUGAGAGUCGAGUAUCAAAAGAUGCUGCAGAGGAGAGAAGCCCUGUUCUGUAUCCAGUACAACGUCGGCGCCUUCAUGAACGUCAAGCACUGGCCCUGGAUGAAGCUCUUCUUCAAGAUCAAGCCCCUGCUGAAGAGCGCAGAGACUGAGAAGGAGAUGGCCACCAUGAAGGAAGAAUUCCAGAAAACCAAAGAUGAGCUUGCCAAGUCAGAGGCCAAGAGGAAGGAGCUGGAGGAAAAAAUGGUCACUCUCCUCAAAGAGAAAAAUGACCUACAACUCCAGGUUCAAUCUCUAUUUCCCUGCAUUGCAGGUGCCAAGCAUAGGAGGGAGGUUGCGGAGGAAGGAGCUGCUCUAUUGACAAGCACUGUUCCUGAUCGCCACACUCAAACCAUUCCUUUUCAUUUCCUCAAUGAUGUAAUUGUAAAUGAAAAGCAAUAUUGCAACAUAUCCAAUUAUAACCAGAUUCUCAUCCCAGGGCUCAUUGAAGAGGAAAAAAAAUAUAUUUAUGGCUGUGAGAAGCUGUUAAUCUCUGCAGUUAUGGCUGUGCACGGUUCUGCAGCAGCUGCAAGAUGGGUGCUCCCUCUCCUUCAUCUUUCCCGAGAUGCAGCCCCUCCGGUAUCAGCAAACUGGGUCAUGAUGCUGGUUUCAUGA